AUGGAUCCCGCCAGAGUGCUAGGCUAUCGCGACAGCUAUCUGCUUUUUCAACGCAAUCCUAUGCUGGAACGUGUACGCAUCGACGAGGACGAAAAGCAAUAUCUCAGAGACAAUGGCAUUCUUUUGCAAUACUUUCGCAAUCGCGAUGUCGCGGUUGUCACGGCCCGCUCCGUCUUCAAGUGCUUUGGUGCAAAAAUCAUUAAAAAGGGAAAACGUUGCACGGAUGAUUACUUUGAAGCGCUCGCUCGCGAAGAAGCCGACGUCGCUCGUCGAUCCCUUAUCGCUAAAACCGCCCGCUCCGAAUCUUAUAAAACCGCCUCUCCGGUCACCAGUGCCACGUGGAUGCAUCAUGCAGCCUUAGCCGUCCGAAGUUACAAUGCCCAGUUACAUGAACGCCGCAUUGACAAAGCGUCCUUUUAUGACGUGCAUACCGACAUCCAUCAGAUCCCGUCCGCCACCCAACCCCGAACGUGCACAUUCCAACCGAACGAUGAAACGCAUGAUACGUCUAGUACUGUAGCUAUUGAGUUCCAACAUCGUUCACAACAUCGACAUGGUAUUGGAUCCGACUUGUUGGAAGGAACUUAUGAUGUCGAUAAAGCGCUUGAUACACUUCCCAGCAAUAUCAAAGAGAUCGCCAUUGCCAAAUUACGGCGAGAAUCAUCCGUUGGAGUUUCCAAAGAAGAUCAAGAUGACUUGUAUCCAUUGUCAUUACUGGAUGGACAAUUUCAAGCAUCGUUUGCAGUUCACUUCAGCCGGUUCAAUCAGCCAGAACCUGUUCCUCUUCCUCCCUCUGCAGCGGUAGCCAAAGCGCAAUCGUUCUAUGCUCAGCAGUACUACUUGAAUCAAGUCUACCAGCUCGUCAAUCGUAACAUGGCCAAUUAUCUCGAUCCUACUCGGCAGUUCCAGUUUCAGCGACAAUCUUCUCCGCAGUAUCAAGCUUCUCCCCCUUUCGCUCCGCCCCCCAAUUUUUAUCCUUCGCAAUCCAUGGUACCUGCAUCAUCCCCCAUGCCCAUGAACCAAUCUACAGUAAGCUCCAUGGCUCCUUCCGUCUGCGGUUAUUUAACACCUAAAGGAUUAUCAUGCAAACGACCCGUGGCGCAUCCCGGUGAAAAAUGCCAGGUCCAUGCUCCUCUGGUAGCUGCAGCCGCAGCAGCAGCAAAAUCGCAUGUAAAGAACAAAUGCGCUGAUUGUCACCAAUUGAGUGUGCCCGAAGAACUGACGGCCAAAGAAAAUGCUCCCAUUUGCGAUGUUUUUACCAUGAUCAAAUGCACCAAAUGCACCCGAAAAUAUCAUCCUCUUUGUGCCAACCUGACCACGCCCCGACAGUUGGCCGCGGUGGAAUCCUAUCCUUGGUCAUGCCCCGAAUGUAAAAUCUGUUGUGUAUGUAAGGAUGCAGGCGAUGAGUCCACUUUAAUGAUUUGCGAUGGUUGCGAUCGAGGGUGGCACACGGGAUGUUGCAAUCCCAAAGUUGACGAUGUUCCUGAAGGAGCUUGGCUCUGUCCCUUAUGUGCUGAUUGUCAUGGCUGCGAUGAACAGGGAAGCGACGUACAAUAUCAUCAUGCUGUCGCGCCUCCAAGUGAUCGUUACAAAUAUCCUGCGUAUUUGGCCACUUACUGCAAUCGAUGCUACAACAACUUCACAGAAGAUCGAUUUUGUACAGUGUGUAUGAAACCUUAUUCUGAUGAAGAUGGCGCGGACGAAGAAGACAAUGAAAUGGUGGCUUGUGAUACCUGCGAUCACUGGAUUCACACGCGCUGCGACGAAAUAUUGACGCCCGAAAAAUAUCAAAGUCUUUGUGAUGAUGAAGAAGCCAAAUAUUCAUGCCCGUUAUGUUCCGAUAAUGUUAAGCCUUUGAUUCAAACCAGCACGGCCAUUAUGGCACUCAAGGGCUUAUCAGCGCCCAGCGGUUACUGCGUAGGCAUGAUAGGUGGAAAGGUGGAAACUCGCGGUGUCGUAAAAUAUAAAAGCAUUAAAGUGGGUGUACCAAAGAUCAAUGGUACAGGCAUUGCAGAAAUGCCGAUCCUAUAA